CCCAAUUCUAGUGGGGCACCAGCGCAGACUUCAGUGAAAGAAAGCUUCAUUCAAGUGAGAUGUUUACCAUCAGGCUCGCGCAAAAACGCUUCACCAGCAGCCCGCUCACAUAGCAAACAUACCGCACGCACGCGCAGCCGCCUUCGCCAUGGCAGCCCCGUGCCAGAUCCUCGUCAUGGCCAGCGGCAACGGGUCCAACUUCCAGGCCCUGCUCGACGCCGUCGCCACCGGCCGCAUCCUCAACUCGUGCAUCUGCCGUCUCAUCGUCAACCGGAGCAAGGCCUACGCCACGACCCGCGCCGACACCCACGGCGUGCCCUGGGAGUACUUCAAUCUCAUCUCGCACGGCUUCCAGCAAAAGGGCGAGCGCGACCCGGAGCGGCUGCAGCACGCCCGCGACGAGUACGACGCCGCCCUGGCUGAAAAGGUGCUGGCGCUCGAGACGCGGCCGCAGCUCAUCGUCUUGGCCGGGUGGAUGUACAUAUUCGGCGAGCGGUUCCUUGACCCCAUCAGCGCCGCAGGCAUCAAGGUCAUUAAUUUGCACCCGGCGCUGCCAGGCAAAUAUGACGGCGCUCAUGCCAUUGAGCGGGCAUUCGAGGACUUCAAGGCGGGAAAACUGGAAAACAACAAGACGGGCAUCAUGGUGCACAAUGUUAUCAAGCAGGUCGACCAGGGCGAGGCCAUCUUAACCAGGGAGGUCGAGUGCCUACCUGGUGACGACUUGGCGGCGCUCGAGGAGCGGAUACAUUCCCACGAGCACGCUUUGAUUGUGGAAGCCACAGCAAAGCUUGUAGGCGAGAUCCUGGCACAAAAGCAAUAGCGGACGGGUAUCAUGGAGUUAUGAUUUAAAACAAGGCGCGGCAGGAAGCCGCUAAGUACUCGGCACGAUGGGAUGAAGAUUUGCUUUGGCAUUCGGACGACCCGCCGCCGGCCAAGUUCGGGCUCUUCUACGAGCAACGAAGACAUGUUCGGGUCCAGUCAUCUUCUGUGCGCCGGCAGCACCCUAACUAUUCCAGAUAGAUGUGGAAUGAUAUCCCCCGAAUCUAUAUCCUGCC